AUGGUGAUAAAUGGGUCUCACCUGAACAACAACUCCUCGGCAGAGCGCCCGCCGUGGGUCACCACAACUUUGGGCUGUUUCCUCAUCUUCACCAUCGUGGUGGACAUCCUGGGCAACCUGCUGGUUAUCUUCUCCGUGUAUCGGAACAAGAAGCUCCGGAACGCAGGGAAUAUUUUUGUCGUCAGCCUGGCAGUAGCAGACCUUGUGGUGGCCAUCUACCCGUACCCCUUGGUCCUCACCUCAAUCUUCCACAAUGGCUGGAACCUGGGCUACGCCCAUUGCCAAAUCAGUGGCUUCCUCAUGGGCGUCAGUGUCAUCGGCUCCAUCUUCAACAUCACUGGCAUUGCCAUAAAUAGAUACUGCUACAUCUGUCACAGCCUCAAAUAUGACAAACUGUAUAGUGACAAAAACUCUGUCUGCUAUGUGUUGUUGAUAUGGGCGCUGACUGUGGUGGCCAUCGUGCCCAAUCUAUUCGUGGGUUCCCUUCAGUACGACCCACGAGUUUACUCCUGCACUUUUGAGCAGUCGGCCAGCUCGGCGUACACAAUUGCUGUUGUGUUUUUUCAUUUCAUUUUACCCAUCAUGAUUGUCACCUACUGUUACCUGCGGAUAUGGAUUUUGGUCAUUCAGGUAAGAAGAAGAGUCAAGCCAGACAAUCGACCCAAGCUGACGCCACACGACGUUAGAAACUUUGUCACAAUGUUUGUGGUGUUUGUGCUUUUUGCUGUUUGCUGGGCGCCACUCAACUUCAUUGGCCUGGCUGUAGCAAUCAAACCAGAGGUAGUGGUUCCCCUCAUCCCAGAGUGGUUAUUUGUAGCCAGCUACUUCAUGGCCUACUUCAACAGCUGCCUUAAUGCCAUCGUGUAUGGUGUGCUGAACCAGAACUUCCGACGUGAGUACAAGCGCAUCGUGGUGUCGGUAUGUACAGCUCGUAUCUUCUUCCAGGACAGCUCCAAUGAUGCAGGGGAGAGGCUCAAAAGUAAACCAUCACCACUCAUGACCAACAAUAACCAGGUCAAGGUGGACUCUGUCUGAG